AUACUGUGAGUUGAUUCUUUUUACAGGUCAGAUGACGUCGUUCAUCGGAGGAAAUUGUGGAGCUGGUGUACCGAGGGAUCAGAUCGCCUCGCUGUUCGUGGGGGAUCUUCAUCCAGAAGUGUCCGAGUUCCUCCUCCAUCAGACGUUCAGCCCGUUCGGUCCGAUCCAGUCCGUGCGGGUCUGCAGAGACAGGGUGACUUGGCGCUCCCUGCGGUAUGGUUAUGUUAACUUUGUUAACGUCGCCGAUGCUGAGAGUGCCACGGACACCCUAAUGUGUCAGGAUCUUCUGGGCAGACCCAUGCGAAUCAUGUUCUCCCAGCGUGAUUCCACUCUGAGGACGACUGGGGUGGGGAACAUCUACAUCAAGGGUCUGGCCAGCAGCAUCGAUGGUGCCCGCCUUCAUGACACCUUCUCGCGUUUUGGGAAGAUCCUGUCGUGCAAGGUGGUCUGUGAUGCAAAUGGAUCCAAAGGUUAUGGAUUCGUCCACUUUGCCACCUUCGAAGCGGCAGAGGAGGCCAUCAAAGCGCUUGAUGGCAUGCUGUUGGACGACCAGCUAGUGUCCAUUUGCCACUUUAAAACCUUUGAGGAGCGUCAGGUUGAGCCAAAGGUUAUGGCUCAGGACAGCGGGAGGCACUACCCGGGGGUGAGUCUGUACGUGUCUAAUCUGCCCUAUAGCUUCAGUGAGCAGCAGCUGUCCAGAGCGUUCUCACCCUUCGGAAGCAUCAUCAGUGCCAAGUUGUAUGAGUGUCAGGUACGAGAUCGGAUUCAGUUGCAGGGUAACAGAAGUUUAUUAAGACAAAAGGCAAAGACAACAACAAAACAAGAGUUCGACAAUCACUGGGGGGGCCAAGCAAAGGAGACAGUCCAUGGGGAGGGGACAGCAGACUCAAGCGCUCGGCCACAGAGGGAGAGGUGGCUCUGGGAGGGUGGAGGUGGUGGCGAGGGGCUGGGACGGCCUGGGGAGAGCAGCGGGGACCAGCCGAGAAAGCCCUGGCAUGGACUACCCCACGACGGGGAGAGACGACACCACUUGGGGAGAGUUGAACCCACUACGGGAGAGACGAACCCACUUGGGCAGAGACAAACCCACUUUGGGAGAUAUGCAGACCACCCCGGGACACCUGAGCCCACACGGGGGAAGAAGCUCACGAGGCAGGCCGAGUGGUGGGUGACAGGCACUGAGUACGUGACAGGGCCACCACUGACGCCGGAAGGCCGGGAGGAGAUCUUGGGGUACAGCACAGAUCACAGCACAGAUCAAAGUACUGGUGCCUAG